CUUUGAAACGGCCGAUUCUUGCGCAGCAACUUUAUCGUGCUCCAUUUGCGACAUUGCCUGCACAUUGUACGCGUCGGUUAUUUAUUCCCCUUGCGUGUGAAACUACUUCGCAUUCGACUGCUGCGCAGCGCGGACAGGAGAGCCAUAAUGAUUCGCAGACCGCCUACGCGCAUCACGAUUUCGCAAAAGGAAGUUGACGAGGUCAUCGCCAAGCGCAAGGAAGCCAGAGCAAGCGCAGGUAGGGCUGGCGAAGACUCGGAGAUGAGCGACGCGCAGCAACAGCGGCCUGCUCUCCAAGGCGACUCCUCGGCGAACGAUGCACCCACGUGCUCCGGCCGCCCAGUUGCAGGGGGCCUAACAUCUUUGCUGGCUGUGGUCGCCCACGAAGACAGCGUCUACGUCAGCAUCUUGGAGAUGCACCGAACAACCAGCAUUGCCUCUUCACGACUACCAAGAGUCGCGGAGGCGGAUUCUUAUGAGACGACCAUAUCCUCCCGCAUGGUGGCGCUGGUCUGUGUCUGCAAGGCGGGCCGUGCACUUAAGAGUCACUUUUUCCCUUCGGAACCAGCUAUCCUGCUAAGAUCAGGGCCGAACCUCGAUAAGGCCUAUCACAUGGAACAUUAA